AUGCCAUGCAUCAGAGCAGUCGGCCUGUUCUUGUCACCUGCCUGCACCAGGGAAUCGGAGUCUGAAGCGAAGGUUGAUGGAGAGACAGCAUCAGACAAUGAGAGUCGAGCGGAACCUGCUCCUCCUCCAACCUCUGCUGAUGAUACCCCAGAGGUCCUCAACAGGGCCCUUUCCAACUUGUCUUCAAGAUGGAAGAACUGGUGGGUGAGAGGCAUCCUGACUUUGGCCAUGAUUGCAUUUUUCUUCAUCAUCAUUUACCUUGGACCAAUGGUUUUAAUGAUGAUUGUGAUGUGUGUUCAGAUUAAGUGUUUCCAUGAGAUAAUCACUAUUGGCUACAAUGUCUACCACUCCUAUGACCUGCCCUGGUUCCGGACCCUCAGCUGGUACUUCCUCCUGUGUGUAAAUUAUUUCUUCUAUGGUGAAACAGUAACAGAUUACUUCUUCACUCUGGUCCAGAGAGAGGAGCCCUUGCGGAUUCUUAGCAAAUACCACCGCUUCAUCUCCUUUACUCUGUAUCUAACAGGAUUCUGCAUGUUUGUGCUGAGUCUGGUCAAGAAGCAUUACCGACUGCAGUUCUACAUGUUUGGCUGGACCCAUGUAACCUUACUGAUUGUUGUGACCCAGUCCCACCUUGUUAUUCACAAUCUAUUUGAAGGAAUGAUCUGGUUCAUUGUCCCCAUUUCCUGCGUCAUCUGUAAUGAUAUCAUGGCUUAUAUGUUUGGCUUUUUCUUUGGUCGGACCCCACUUAUCAAGCUCUCCCCAAAGAAGACUUGGGAAGGCUUCAUUGGAGGCUUCUUUGCCACCGUGGUGUUUGGCCUCCUGCUGUCCUAUGUGAUGUCCGGGUACAGAUGCUUCGUCUGCCCUGUGGAAUACAACAACGACACCAACAGCUUCACGGUGGAUUGUGAGCCCUCAGACCUGUUUCGCCUGCAGGAGUACAACAUUCCUGGGGUGGUCCAGUCUGUCAUUGGCUGGAAAACGGUCCAGAUGUACCCCUUCCAGAUUCACAGCAUUGCCCUGUCCACCUUUGCCUCGCUCAUCGGUCCCUUUGGUGGCUUCUUUGCAAGUGGAUUCAAACGAGCCUUUAAAAUCAAAGACUUUGCCAAUACCAUUCCUGGCCAUGGAGGCAUCAUGGAUCGCUUUGACUGCCAAUACCUGAUGGCUACCUUUGUCAACGUGUACAUUGCCAGCUUUAUCAGGGGCCCUAACCCGAGUAAGCUGAUUCAGCAGUUCCUGACCCUGCGGCCAGACCAGCAGCUCCACAUCUUUAACACGCUCAAGUCUCACCUGACGGACAAGGGGAUGUUGACAGCCGCCACAGAGGACUAG